GUCGUUUUCUACUGUUGCAGUACUACGUGCGGCAGUCGGAAUUUGCCCGAAUCUCCGUGCAGUGAACAUUAAGGCAGUGAAGUUAGCAAAUUUGUUCAUAAUUUGUUCUAAGCGAUGGGAAACGUUUCAUUACCUGAAUUAAGAUCGAACAUUUGCAUUACCCUAUCCUGAGGCAUCCGUGUUAAGCAAACAUUUACAGCAAAAACAAUGUCGCUCGCCUAUUCCCAGCAGUCACAGCAAGCGUCGAAUCCGGGUGGUGGACGUGGCGGUAAUCCACCAAAUCGUGGUCAGGGACCGCCCCCGAGCUCCAUGCAUAUACAGAAGAUAUUGGAUGAAAAUGCGGGCCUAAUACAGACGAUACAGGAGUUUCAGUUUGCUGGCAAAUCGAGCGAAAGCAUGUCGUACCAGGUGGCACUGCACCGAAACCUCGUCUAUUUGGCGAAUCUGGCCGAUCCGCAGCAGAACGUGUCGUCGUUACUACCGCCACCCCAAAUGCUGCAUGCGAUUCAGCAACAACAGCAACAACAACAGCAGCAGCAACAACAACAGCAACAGCAACAACAACAACCUCCACCGCCAACACACGAUGGCAGCAUGAUGGGCCAGGGUCCUGUUCAGCCGGGAAUGCCGGGCUAUCCGCAACCCGGCCAAGCGCCACCGGGUGUUGGAAUGGGUGGUCAACAACCGCAGCAGCAGCAGCAGCAGCAAGGUCAGCCGCACGCGAGCAACGGUGUGGUGCCGACGGGGCAGCAGCACAACCCACACGCACCACCGAAUCCGUCCGCCGGUGGUAUGCAGCAGCCAGGCCAGCAGGCCGGUGUACCGGGUAACGUUGGACCCGGUCACGGGCAGAACGCGGUCUCGCAGGUUCCAAAUCAACCAGGACAAAACGUGGUGAUGGGUGGUCCGGUUGGCGGUAAUCAGCAAGGUGGAUACCGCGCGCCUGGUACUAGUGGACCGAUGCCACCAACAUCGAACGCACCUGUGGUCGGUGGCCAGCAACAGCAGCAGCAGGGUCUCGUGAACCAGCAAAAUGCUGGUCCGGGUGGAGCGAUCCGUGCGCCGGGCAUUCCCGGUCCGGGUGGACAACAACAGCAACCGGCCAGCCAGCCAUUGCCACCCCAAACGUCGGGUUAUCAGCAGCGUGCUUCGUACAAUGUGCAGCACUCACAUUAUCCGGGAUAUCCGCCACCAAAUCAAGCACCGUACGGUGCCCAGACCGGAUAUUCUCCGUACGGUGGUCCACCGAACCAGGUGCAGGGUUACGGACCGCCCCAGGCAGGCACCCCGCAGGGCUACCACCAUGCGGGUGUACCACCGGCCGGUUCGACCGGUGGUCAAGUGCCACCGGUGCAGGGUUCACCGUAUCCGGGUGCCGCCGCAGGACAACAUCCUGGUGCGGGUGGAGCUGGUGCUGCGGGUAGUGGCGCUGGACCGGGUGCGUAUCAGCAGGGCAUACCGCCCGGUGCCCCGAAUGCCCAACCACACGUAGGCUACGGUCCGCCUGGACAACCACCGGUCCAGUAUCCGCCCCAGGGUGGACCUGGUGGACCUCCGCCGCCGCACGGUUAUCCCGGUUAUCCGGGGGCCGGUGCCGGCGCGGGAGCCGCUUCCGCUGCCGGUCCAAAUGGACCGUACGGUCAACCGGCCGGUCCCGGUCAGCAGGGUCAUCCACCACAAGGUCAGGUAGGCGGCUAUCCCGCCCAGUCUCCUGGCUAUCCGAUGCCACAACAACCCCAAUACCCGACGGGUUACCCCGGAACCGGCCCACCGAAUACGGCCGGACCUAUUCCGACCAGCGUUGGUGGAGGGGCCGGUCAGGCGGUUGCGGCGGGUGCUGGUGGUGCAGUCGCGGGACAACCAUCCGCAUAUCCGGGUCCGCAACAGCAGCAGCAACCCGCACAGACAGCAGUUACCGCCGGCGGUCCAGGUGUACCGUCGUCCGCCAUACCGGCAACCACUACCUCCUCCUACCCGACGGCCAACCCGGGUGGUGUGUCGGUUGGUGCCGGCUCAAUGCCCCCCGGCGGUUCGUACAACACACAGCCACCCAACGCGCAGCAGCAGCAGCAACAACAGCACGGUCAACCACCGGUUUCAAGCUAUCAACAGCAACAGCAACCGGCAGGAGCCGUUGUUCCUGGACAGCAGCAGCAGCAACAGCAGCAAGGUGCCCCGGGACCAGCGGGACCGGGUGUCUACCCACCCCAUCCACCCUACCACCAGCAGUCGUAUGCACCGUUGCCCGUCCCACAGGGCCAGUAUCCUCCCGCCCAAACUGGCUAUCCGCAGUAUCCGCAGCGUCCACCGAACACCCAGAUGCCGCCACCCGGUCCGCAGGGUCCACCACCGCAAGGUGCCUAUGGAUACUACGGUCAGCCACCUCAGUAAAGUAGGAAAAGCUUCGAAGUUUUAUUUCCUCUCCUUCCUAUAUAUCUCUCUCUAUCAGUUAUUAACCGUGUUGACGAUUUCUGAUUAAUCAGAACGAUUCAACUACAUUUGUAUAAAAGUAAAAAUGUAACAUAGAAGUGUGUCUGUGUGCUCUGCGUCUGGGUUACAAGACGUGAUUUCGAAUCGCACUUGAACAGACGUUGAAAACCCUUUACUACAUCCAUAUUCGCUUUCAGAUAAUUCUAUACUGCAAGACACGACCCUACUCGUUUGCAACUCGUUUUAUGUUGCAGUUUGUGAAGAAGGUUUUUACAAUUAGUUUUAGAUAGUUUUAGUUCCCGGCAUAGGAACCUUUCAUACUUAUCAUUAACCCGUCUGCAGUUUGCAAUUACAAUCGUGAAGUUAAGGUGGAUUCGGGCAUACGGAUAUUGUAUACAGUCAUUUCCCGAGUUA